UUGCCUUCUAAAAGAGAGGUAUCUUCCUCACCACAGCGAAGUCCUACUGAACAUUUAAAAAUGGCAACUUUUCAGUCAACUUCAAUCUCUCUUUCUCCAAAGCUCUCACAUUUUAUUCCCAAAUUCCAAAACCCCAUUUCAAAAUCCCUCAUUUUCCCCUCAAUUUCAAACCCUAAACCAGAACCUUCCCUCAAAUUCAAGAAUAAAAUGUCAAUUAGAACUCAAACUCAAGCGAUGGGCACUGAUCUUGAUCCAAGCCUGAUGCAACAGGCCAUCCAGCUGGUCCAGUCAUCGCCGCCCACGUGGCAAUCUGCCAUCUUCAGCAAUCUUGUGAUCUUUCUUCUGGGCUCUCCUCUUCUGGUAUCUGGAUUGUCUCUUCCUGGCAUUGGGGCUGCUUUCUUGCUUGGCGCUCUCACUUGGCGGGCUUUUGGCCCUUCUGGGUUCCUUCUUGUGGCUACCUACUUUGUCAUUGGCACCGCAGCGACGAAGGUGAAAAUGGCUCAAAAGGAGGCACAAGGGGUUGCGGAGAAGAGGAAAGGAAGAAGAGGGCCUGGAAGUGUGAUUGGUUCCAGUGCUGCUGGCUGUUUUUGUGCUUUCCUAUCCAUCUAUGGGAUUGGUGGUGAGGCAUUUGCUCGCCUUUGGGAACUUGGAUUUGUUGCCAGUUUCUGUACUAAACUAAGUGAUACAGUCUCAAGUGAGAUAGGGAAGGCAUAUGGCAAAACGACUUACUUAGUCACAACAUUCAAGAUAGUUCCGAGGGGAACAGAAGGGGCAGUUAGCGUCGAGGGAACUCUCGCCGGACUUCUAGCCUCUAUGCUUCUUGCUUCUAUUGGUUGUCUAAUGGGUGAGAUAAAUGGACUCGAAGCCAUCAUAUGCGUUGUUGCUUCCCAGAUUGCUAACCUUGGUGAGAGUAUUAUAGGUGCUGCCCUCCAAGAGAAAGAAGGAUUCCAAUGGCUCAACAACGAUGUUGUUAAUAUCAUCAACAUAUCUAUGGGAAGCAUUUUAGCAGUCCUCAUCCAGCAAAUAGUUCUCCAAAGUUGGCAUGCGUAGUUCACAAAAUUAGUCUGCUAGCACAAUUUCCUGGCUGCAAGUCCAUGAAAUCAUGCUUUUCAAUGCUGAAGAAUCUAUAAAUAUCAAAAAGGAAGAGCAAAGGAUACAAAUGUGCCCCUCACACUUAGAUUCUCCGUUUGUCAUACGAAAAACAUUGCAUGAUUUGAUGAUUCGUUAACUCUCCUAGUGUAACAUCAGAUAUGUUCCUCUGUUAAUUCCAUAUCUUCAAACAGGACAUUUACGUUAGUCUCAGAGUAAAUUAUCAAUUUCCAUCUUCA